AUGGGGCCACAGGUACAGUAAUGUCUUAAAUUUCUCUUGGAACGUCUGUUACAUCCAGGAUAGUAACGAAAAAUUCUUUUGGGGACGGGCCGGGGGGGGGGAGUAUUGGGUGCUUCUUGGUGUUGUGGAAGCCAUUGUAAGCGUGGGUUUUAUUCAUCGUCUUUUCAAUCUUUUGUAUUAAGUCAUUUGGUGAUUGGUCCCGUCCGAAUGAUCCCCACCUACCUCUCCCCUAAGUCAGCGUUAACACUUAGUUCUCACUUAGGGCAAAUUGUUCGCUUAGGGGAGGGGUAGGUGGACAGUUUCCAGAAACGUAUAAUGAUCAUAACGUUUGUUUAAAAUCCCUAUAUGGUUUGAUUGUAAGUUGGUUUAGCGUUUGUCUGUUACUUUAAGUAGCAUUGCGCUAUCCAGAGGACAAGUAUUAGGGAAAGCAACUGCGAUAUCCAUUGGAUAGAGAUUCAUUCGGUCAGAUAGCAUUAUCUAACUUUUAAACAAGUGGCACCAGAAAAGCUAUGGCCAUUUACUCGUAUGUCAUUUUUCUCUUCUAUUCUCACUGGGGCCAUCUCGUACAAACGCCCCAAAUUCCUUCGGGAUUCAAGGAUAAAACUUUCCCCGCGCUCGUAGUCUCUUGGGUGUUCUGUUUCACACAGGUUUUGUACAAAUAGGCCUGUUUUGGCCUGUUUAAUUCUCUUUUCGUUAAACGUUCGCCAGUCGUUAGCUUGGCGUCCCUCCCUCCUCCCCGCAGCGAUGACCAUUGUUGCCAUCCUAGAUAGCUCCCCCUCCUUUUCGCGUCCGGGCUCGCUUAUUCCCAUAUCUAAUCCUUGCCUGGGGCGUUUGGGAGUGAGGGCUUCCAGGGGGAAUUUAUUACUAGUUGCAAUUAGGACUUUACACUGAAACUUCCUGGAGUCACCUUCAAGAACAACAGGUACAGACUCAUAACAUGACAAUUUCUUUUGUAGCGUUAUUCUUUAUCGUCACAUCAAACGGAUUCUCCGUUAGCAUUGCCUAGUCCCUAGUUCCAAGGCCUCAUUAUCCCGCGCGGCCUAUGCGUUUCGGAUCACGAGGUUACGAGCGAGUUUAAUGACCGAGAAAGCCUGGGGCAGCCAGACAGGAACUUGGUACCUCGGUUAUUAAAGGCAAUUAGUAAAGAAACAGUUAAAUCACAUACUACCUUCUGAGAAGAGUAUAGACUGCCAUAAGAUUAUUAGUAAUCCUUCACGAUUGUCCCGUCGGCAAACAUGUUACGAGCGAGCGAGCGAAUAAGGCGUCCGCUCUCCGCAGUUUGCUUCUCAUUUCACUCGCUCUCCAUUCCUUCCAGGCCUGAAUUUAUGACUAUAAAGGAACUGUUCACAGUCAAUCAUGGGUCAAAAUAUAAACGCUUUUAUUCCAAUAGUUUACUCGGGUUGUGGUAAAGCGGUUUUGCCUUGUAACGUACUUAAAGGUUUUUCCUAUCAUGAUAAAGUUAAACUAAAUACUCUCUAACAGCUACGUAACAACGCUUGUUAUUGUGAUUCCGUAAAUAAGGCCCCGUCCACUCGUAUCCGGAUAUUUUUUUUGAAAACGGAUAUUUUUUCUCCGUUUUCAAAAUUAUACGCAGAUCCACACGUAUUCACGGUCAACCUUGUCCCCAGGGCGCUUUUUCCUGGCUUUGGAGCCAGGGAGAAGCGCCCUGGGGACGAGGUUGACGUAUUGGAUUUUAAUCGUUUUCGCUUGUCCAUAGGAAAACGCUAAAACCAUGGAAAUUUGAUAGCAUCCCUUACAGAGCAUGCGUAAUGCUUGUAGUAUCUGAUAUAUGACUUCAGGAAGCUUAAGCAACGACGACGGCGACGUUAACAGCAAAGGUUUCAAUAGCAACUCUCCUGAAGCAUCCUGGUAGCUGUAGACAUCAUCGUUGUGGCGCUAGAGAGAACUGACCGUUCGUUAACUUCUGCCUUCUUUUCAGAUUUAUUAUGAAAAACGUGACAAACAUUCAAGAGUUGUGUGAGUUGUCAGAGGAGAAACUAGCGUGUAUCUUGGGAAACACCGCAAGUGCGAAGCAACUGUGGGAGUUUAUCCACACUGACGGCCGGAAACAAACAAAGACUCAGCAGGUUUCAGUUAAUAACAAACGAUAA